CAGCACAAACUUCCAAUGCCUCAGAUCCCCACCUGGGUGUGCAUAGCCCAGCAUGAGUCCUCCUUUAACACAGCUGCCGUGGGUCGCCUUAAUGCCGAUGGCAGUGCGGACCAUGGACUCUUCCAGAUUAGCGAUCUCUUCUGGUGUACCCAUGACCAGCGUCCUGGUAAAGGAUGUCAGGCCACCUGCAACCAAUUCCUGGACUCCAACAUAGUCGAUGAUGUGCAGUGCAUAAGGAGGAUCCAUCAGGAACAUACUCAAAUCUCUGGUGAUGGCUUCAAUGCCUGGACAGUGUACAAAAGGAACUGCCUCAAUCAGCACUACGAACAAGUGGCUGCCUGCUUUGCCAAGCCACCAGCUCCUCAGCAUCAUCCUCAUCAUCAUCUUCAUCCGAAUGCCAUCGGAGGAGGUCCUGUCAAGCCAAAGGUCAGCUAUGCGUAUCAGUUUGGACAGGUGCAAGUGCAGCAGCAAAGUCCUGCGCCCGCCGUUAAUCAAUACUAUCGACCAGCUACGUCAUUUGUGAGCCACCAACAAGGUGAGGUGACCAAUGUGGCUGCCUAUCAGGGAAAUCCCUUCCUCCGGCCACGUCUUCCCACAGCUCCCGUGGUUGUGGCUGCUCCCUCUCCUCCUAGGCAGCAUCCCAAUGCCAUUGGUGGUGGUUUCAAGGGUCAGACUCCGGCAAAUCCCUUUUAUUACAAGCAGCAGCAGACACAUUAUCAGCCACACUAUCAGGCACACUAUCAGACACACUAUCAGCAACAGUAUCACACCACAGCAAACAAAGUAGCGCACACGGGUAAAGUUUACAAUCGCUGCGAAUUAGCCCAAGAGUUGUAUUUCUCACACAAGUUUCCCAUGCAGGAAUUGGCCACCUGGGUGUGCAUCGCCGAGCAUGAGUCCUCGUUCAAUACGGCAGCCGUGGGUCGCCUGAAUGCGGACGGGAGUGCGGAUCACGGCCUCUUCCAGAUCAGCGAUCUCUACUGGUGCACCCAUGAUCAAGGAGCCGGUGGCAAGGGUUGUCACAUUGACUGCAAUCGUCUGCUGGACUCGGACAUCUCGGAUGAUGUGAAGUGUGUGCGAACCAUUCACGAGGAGCACACCAGGAUUUCAGGCGAUGGAUUUACUGCCUGGACUGUAUACAAUUUACACUGCAGGCAAAAAACUCGUGCCGAUAUAGCCAGUUGCUUUGAGGGAAAAGAUGUAACGCAGACAGGGAUUAAGCCAUCAACUGGCAACGAACUGGUUAAGAAGGCUCCUUCGAAGCCAAAGGGAAAGAUCUACAGUCGUUGUGAGCUGGCCAAGGAGCUUUACCAUAAACAUAAGUUACCCAUGAAGGAGAUUCCCACUUGGGUGUGCAUAGCCCAGCACGAGUCCUCGUUUAAUACAGCAGCCGUGGGAAGAUUGAACUCAGAUGGAAGCGAGGAUCACGGGCUCUUCCAGAUCAGCGAUAUUUACUGGUGCUCCCAUGACCAGACAAGUGGAAAAGCCUGUCACAUCGAGUGCGAUCGUCUGUUGGAUUCCGAUAUCUCCGACGAUGUUCAAUGUAUACGCACAAUCCAUGAGGAGCACACUCGUCUCUCAGGAGAUGGCUUUAAUGCCUGGACCGUUUACAAUGGACACUGCCGGGGUCAGAGCUUGGCCCAGCUGAGCGACUGCUUCGAGGGAAACGAGAUUGCAGAGGCGGAUAAGAUCAGUCCGCAUGGAGAGAAGCCUCAAGUAAAGCCACAUCAACUAAAUUCAGAGAAACCAGUGCAUAGGAUUGCCACCAGUCCAGGAUAUUCAGGAAAUCCUUUCCUGCAAAAUCUAAAAGCAGCUAAAGCACCUCAAACUCAUGUGCCACCCACCAAAGUUACCAAUAAAAUUUCAAAUUCAUCACCCAAACAACCGCCAAGCAAUAAACUCUAUGCUACCAAUCCAUUUUUAAAUAGUUUGCAGGGCCAAAAGAAUUCCUCACCAAAUGUAGUUAAAUAUGAGGCUACUCCCACACAAGCUAGUACCAUUUCCUACACCCAAAAGCCCAACUACGAUCACAAUCCCUUCCUAAAAGCCCCAGGCUCAAUCCCACACUCUGUCAUCUCCUCACACACCACCGAGGAGACCAAGCCCCAUGACAGUUUCUCCUAUGCCCAGAAUCCAUUCCUCAGUCUACUUAGCAAACCAAUAGUACCGGCUCAAGCACCCAUCAAGUCCCAGCCCAAGCCAAAGCCCUCGAGCUCGAGCCCAUCUAAGCCCCCUCAGACGGUCAACAGACCCUAUGUGAGCAGCGACAGCUUCCGCAAUGAAGUGAUUAAGUUUACGGCCACUUCUACGGCAGCAACGACUACGUCAAGUACAAGGCAGCCCAUAAGUACAACAAGUAUUACAAAGCCAUCUGUAACAACAACCACGGGAAGACCCUUGACACUAGCCACAAAGAAACCAGUUUCAACUACGGCCAAAACAACUAAAUUGCCGUUAUGGUCAUGGCAAACUUCUGUCGGAAAAACAACCACGACGUCAAAGCCCACGAUAACGGGAAGUGGUAGCCGCUACACAGCCACAACCAAAGCCUCGGCAUAUGCAACACCCACUCGAUCACACAACUUCUCGACCAAUAACUCGUCCAACUACUCGUCCAACUACUCGCACAACAACUCGUCCAACUACUCGUACAACAACUCGUCCAACUACUCGUCCAACUACACACCAAUUACUACAUCACGGCCAAAAACAACAGCUCGAUAUACUACUACAACAACGAAGAGUUCUACCCGUUAUGCAGGUGUUUAUUUACCAACAACACGCCCAAUUUCAACAACAAAAUCCACACCCCGUUAUGCACCAACAACUCGAUCUACGACCAAAUCUCCAUACCAUUACAUACAAGUAAAUAAAUCCAAAAAAAGCUCCACACCAACCACACGUUCAACAACAACUACUCGUCGACCACCAACAACAACUCAAAAGCCUGCAAUAACAAGAUCCACCACACGUUUCCCAGCACCGACAACUCGUCAAGGAAGCACCACACCAAGGCCCUAUCUAUUCACUUCGACCACAACAACGAAAAAGAGUGCCACCACAAAAGAUCCCUUUGAUCAUCCGUUUUUCCAAAAAUACAAAGCCAAGUUUGAUAAGACCACCAUAGCUCCACCACAAAAAUCAAAGACCACCAGCACAUUCGUCUCAAAUCCAAGCAAUAGCACCACCAGCAGUCCAUACUACGCAAAAUAUCAGGAGAACAAAAUUAAAACAGCAGCAAAAACCGUUCUUUCCUACGAUUUUGGCCAAAAUAGAACCACAACGAUUAGGCCAAAAAGUGCCUUCGAUGUUUAUCUGAAUUGGAACAAGAAUUAAGGGUCUUCCAUUAGUGUGACAUUUUCGAUUAGGCCAAAAAGUGCCUUCGAUGUUUAUCUGAAUUGGAACAAGAAUUAAGGGUCUUCCAUUAGUGUGACAUUUUGAGACUUUGUAAAUAUGUGUUAUUGAUCGAUGUAAUACUCUUAGUUUAUCAUAAUGGCAAAAUACUCAUGAAUUA